CACAUCCCGCCUCCUACUUUGGUGCUAGGAAACCUCCAGCCCUGAGAGCUGUCCUGUGCCCUAUGCUAGGGUACCGCACACACAGGGACCCACUCACCAGGAUCCUGAGAGGCCAGGCAGCAGCAUGGGGCCGGUCAAGGACACCUCCCGCCCCCCACUGGCUUACGUGAAGGGGGUCCCGCUCAUCAAGUACUUCGAAGAGGCCAUAGAGCCUCUGCAGAGCUUCCAGGCCCGGCCCGAUGACCUGCUCAUCAGCACCUACCCCAAGUCGGGCACCACGUGGAUGAGCGAGAUACUGGACAUGAUCUACCAGGGUGGUGACCUAGAGAAGUGUCGCCGAGCCCCCACCAACAUACGGGUGCCCUUCCUUGAGUUCAAAUGCCCGGGGGUUCCCUCAGGGCUGGAGACUGUGCGAGACACCCCGGCCCCACGGCUGCUCAAGACGCACCUGCCUGUGGCCCUGCUCCCCCAGAGUCUGCUGGAUCAGGUCAAGGUGCUCUACGUUGCUCGCAAUGCAAAAGACGUGGCCGUCUCCUAUUACAACUUCUACAAGAUGUGCAAGUUGUACCCAGAGCCCGGCUCCUGGGACAGCUUCCUGCAGAAGUUCAUGGGGGGCGAAGUGUCCUACGGGUCCUGGUACCAGCAUGUGCAGGAGUGGUGGGAGCUGAGCCACACUCAUCCUUUCCUCUACCUCUUCUAUGAGGACAUAAAGGAGAACCCCAAAAGGGAGCUGCAGAAGAUCCUGGAGUUCGUGGGGCGCUCCCUGCCCGAGGAGACCAUGGAUCUCAUCAUCCAGCACACAUCCUUCAAGGAGAUGAAGAAGAACCCCAUGGCCAACUACACCAGCAUACCCACUGAGGUCAUGGACCACACCGUUUCCCCCUUCAUGAGGAAAGGCACUGUGGGGGACUGGAAAAGCACCUUCACUGUAGCCCAGAAUGAGCGCUUUGAUGCCCACUACGCAGAGAGGAUGGCGGGCUGCAGCCUGCGCUUCCACUGGCAGCUCUGAGUGCCAGACUAGGAAACCGUUCCAGGGCUGACAACCGGCCCGGCCCUGGGUAGAAGAAUAAAGUGCGAUGUGGCAAGCCAGG